GGCUUUGGCCUUUGCUGUCACUCCCCAGCAAACACCUUCCAAGAUCCACGCGACCUACCCACCUGUUCCUGUUCCUCUUCUGCUGCACCUCCUUGUCGCACCCCGCCCCAGCCUGCACCACCCGACCCCGGCGCAUGAUAUAGCCCGACUGUCCCACACACCACCUAUCGAACCUCCUGCUACUAGAGCCUCGCGACCUCACUCCACUGCCGCGCCCCAUUUGUUCGCUUCGCCACUCCGAGCCAGACGUCGACGUGGUCCUUCCUCUCUUGCUCGACCAUACUUCCCUCUGCGGGGCGCUUUGUACUGAGCCGACAAGCAUCGCCACCCUCCACCCCACAAUGGCCGACCACCAGCGUGAAAUGGUCUUUUGCCAUGAGUGCGAAAACGAGUGGUAUCGCGACGAGCAUGGCUUGGCCUGCCCGGACUGUCGCUCUGAGUUCAUCGAGAUUAUUGAAGCCGAGCACGAUCCCCGCGACGACCACCUCAACAACCACGACGACGAGCUAGAGGACCUCACCGCAAACCCGUGGACCGCGCCCGACCCUGAUGAAUCUGUCCCCAACAUGCCCGCUGGCUUCCACCUCCAGCGCAACGGCCCCAACAGCUACGCGAUCACAGGCACAUGGUCCACGACCUUUGGCGGGCCUGGAAACAACCCAGGCGGCCAGCCUCCGGCGAACCCGCUGAACCCGCUACUCCGCAACUUCACGUCCAUGAUGCAGGGCAUCACCGGCGCCACGGCACCGCGCAGCCCUCCGCACGGCGAGCAGCAUGAAGACCAACACCAGGAGGGGCACACUGAGCCGGGUGCUGCGCGCGAGGAGACGAGGCAUGGUGCCGGCCCGAGAUACACGUACACGUCAACCGCCAGGUUGUUCCCGCGUGAUGCGAACAGCCCCGGUCCCCAUGUCCCGCCGACGGAUGAUCUGCAUCACGUAAUCGCGGGCAUUCUGGGCGGCGGUGCCUUUGGACCUCCUGGAUUUACACAUGGCGAGGGCCCGAGAUACGACGAUCCUUUCAGUCCUGGUGGUGGAGGCGGUGGUGGAAUGCCUCGCGGAAAUCCUCUUGCCACUCUCUUCGCCUCCAUCCUGAACCCUCAGCUGGCUGCGCAUGGAGAUGCUGUCUACACACAGGAAGCCCUUGACCGGGUCAUUUCACAACUGAUGGACCAGAAUGCCACGGGCAACGCCCCUGGUCCUGCAUCGGCCGAAGCUAUCGCAGCGCUCCCCAGGAAGGUGGUCACCCGCAAGAUGGUGGGCGCCGACGCACCCGAGGACUGGCCCGAGGACCAACUCAAGGGCGAAUGCAGCAUUUGCAUGGACGAGGUCCCCAUUGGCGAGACGGUGACGGAACUCCCCUGUUCGCACUGGUUCCACGGAGCCUGCAUCGAGGCCUGGCUCAAGGAGCACGAUACCUGUCCGCACUGCAGAAAGGGUAUUGAGAAGAAGGAAGAGGGCCAGGGCAACGGUGGUCCCGGCAACAAUGGCUCGCCCCGUCCAUUCGGCGGUUCAGGGUCUGGAGCUGGUGGAUUCGGAAGCCCAUCUCCCGGCGCGGGCCCUAGCGGCAACGACGGCGGCUUCGACAGUGGUGGAUUUGGUAGUGGCUCCGGCAACAACGACUUCCAGACUGGCAACAUGCCGAACAUUCCCGGUGGAUGGCAGGCAGCGACGGCACCGACGCCCGAGAUGCGCCCCGAUCUGAGCCCGCUGGCUAGAGCGCUGAUCCUGGCGAUCCAGAACCUGGAGCCGGCACACCGCGGCGACGGAGGCGCACAGAUUGCGUUUGUGGGCCCUGCCCAGUAUGCUCAUUACCAGAACCUGCACCAGCCCAACUACGGCGCCGACGAGGACUUUAUCUUGCUCCGCCAUAUUGUGCGGUCGCGGGACUUGCACCAGCCACAGCCGAGACAGCGCAGGCGCUCGAGUCUGAGGGGUUGGGUUGCUGGUGGUAUGGGCUUUGGUAGCAGUAGUGGUGGGGACGAGUUUAGUAAUCGGGAGAGACCUGGGUUGGGGGAGAGGAUUCGCCGGAGUUUGUUUGGGGGCGCGAGUACGACGUGAUUGGAUUGGAUUUGUGAAGAUGGGAAGGAGUGAGUGCGUGAGUGGGUUGGUGGGAGGUGCAUUGCAUGAGGGUUGUCUGAUUGAGUGAU